UUCACUCAGUCAGCAGCCAGACGCCAUGGAGGCCACAGCGCUCUGCAUCACACUGUGGAUGACGGUGUUUCUGCAGCUCUGUGAACAGAAAGUUGUUUCAGAUGCAGAUCUUUGGAUCGAACCAUCCAGACUUCAAGUCUUUGAAUACAAGCCUGUCUCUUUAAGAUGUGUGGGCUUCGAUGGUUUGACUGAUGUGAACAUUUUACGGUGGAGCAAAACAGGAAAGGAAACUUGUGAUGGUUCAAAAUGGGGCUCAUUUCAUGAGAAUAAAUGCAACAUUUCAUCUCCUUAUAAAGAGGACAGUGGAGAUUACUGGUGUGAGGCUGGAGGGAAGAAAAGCGUCUAUGUGAACGUCAAUAUCACCGCUGGCUCUGUGAUCCUGGAGAGUCCUGCUGUUCCUGUGAUGGAGGGAGAAUCUGUGACUCUGAGCUGCAGGAACAAGACGACCACUUCCUCCAUCCUCUCAGCUGAUUUCUAUGAAGAUGGCCGCUUCAUCAGGAGCAGCUCUACAGGAAACAUCACCAUCCGCAGAGUUUCUAAAUCUGACGAAGGACUCUACAAGUGCAGCAUCCCUGACGGUGGAGAAUCACCAGAGAGCAGGCUGACUGUCAGAGUUUCAGCUAAAGAGACUUCCUCCACUCUCUCCCCGUGGAUCUUUGUCUCUGUUUCAUUGAUGCUUCUGCUGCUGGCCGUGGGAAUACAUCGAUUUUGCAAAGGUUAUCGGCACAGAGUGUUUUUCUGCCUGUCCACACAAACACCUGGACCGGCUGAGCAUCACACAGUUUCAUUAGAGGCCAGUGCAGUGGAUUCAGGCCAAAUGACGUAUGAUGUGGCAUCAAAAAACAGGAAGAAGAAAGGUGUGGAUCAAUCAUUUCCAACAGCCGUUUACUACACCUUGGGCCCGGGAGAGACUCAACAACAGGAGCCAUCCGUAGCAGAGGACGCCUUUUAUUCUACAAUCUCGCCGCUGAAGAUGGAGUUUUGAAAAACUGUUUCACACGGUGUACCUAAAUGAAAAUGGGAAUUGCACUGUUAUUUGUUUAUAAAGUAUUAUAAAUAAAUAGUUCAUUUUUUUAAGAACAAAUGUAGGUGUUAGUUGUCAAAGUGAAGCUCUCAUUUACGUUUUAAGAUAUGAAAGUUUGUUCCAUCUCACAGACACACGGCUGAUUCUAAAUACUCUCGCUGUGGUUUACUGCCGAGUUAAAAGUGUUUCUGCAUCGCACUGAGUCUGUGGUUAAACAUGUGUUAUAUUGACUGUCCUGUGAAAGUGUGAAGGUGACUGUGAGAAGACAUGAACUAUAAAACGCGUCACAGUGUGUUUCUGUGUCACUGUUUUCAGAUUCAUUGUAAUUGUACAUAUUGCGUUAACUCAUGACAUCAUUGAACGAGGUUUUACCGCUCUGCCAUAGAGAGCAUAUUCACUAUUAAACAGUUUAUUUCCAUACACACUGAGCUAAACACACACACACACACACACACACACACACACACACACACACAGAGAGACUCUGCAACCCACAUCAUGAACUCAAAACCUCUGGUCAUUUUAUCACAUCUACUUUUAUACAGCCACAUAUUAUUUCAUCUUAUCCUAUCUUAUUAUAGAACUGCCUUAAUCGUUCACUAAAGUUCUUAAACUGUCUUUUCCUCUUCUUCUUGUUCUUGUGUUUUUCUAAAAUAGUUUGUGAAUGUGUUGUUCAUGUGUGCGUAUUUUAAGCACUGCUCGUACGGGCACUCGUCAUUUUAUUGUAUUUGUAAUUGAAAUGACAAUAAAGGCUUCUAUCUUAAACUGCAUCUGCAUUGAUUAAAGAAACUCUGUUCGUUUCAUCCUGAAAGAGAAACCAGGCGCUGUAACACAUUUUGUCCAAUAAUAAUAUAAUAAUAAUAGUAAUAAAGCACUUUAAAAUUCA